UAGCACGUAUUGCACGAAAUGCAAAAAUACUAUUCAAAAUUUGCAAGAGUACGAGAGCACCCCUAUUGCAGAACUGUAGUUGCAUUCAAGUCAAACAGCUGAUUACAUAUGUGACAUUGUUUUUACCUAUCAAAAAACAAAACAAUUAAUGAACACAAAAAUGCCGCGCACUUCUGAAAAGCAAAAAAUUAUAAAUUUUCUGAUUGAACAAGCUGCUUUCGACAUUCUGCUUCAGGAUGGUAGUUAUUUACCUACAUUUGUAUAUAUGAAGCUAGUUUCUGGGAGAUUAUGGAAAAUUUGAAUGAAGAACUUAUAAUCACUUUAUCGAACUAUCGGGGAAGUUUUCAACAAGUGCCUAAAAGUUUGGAAUGGAGAACCACUAUCCUUCCACAAUUAGACGAAUACCGUUUUCAGCAGAUGCUUAGAGUUACGAGAGACCAAUUUACAUUUAUACUGUCUUUGAUUAGAAACAAUAUCGAAUUUAACAAAUCGCACUCUGUUAGACAAUAUUCGGUGGAUCAUCAACUGGCCAUAGUUUUAUUUCGUUUAGGCUCAUCUGGCGAAAAUGCGGCUAUUAGGAAAAUAGCUUCAGUGUUUGGAGUUGGUGAUGGUGAAACUAUUUACAAAAUAACAAAGAGAGUCUUUCAAGCUUUCUUGGAACUCAAGUCCAAAUAUAUUUACUGGCCGGAUGCUGCUGAAAGGCAAGAAAUAGUGAAAAACACGUAUAAUGAGAUGCCACAUUGUAUAGGAUACAUCGACGGUACUGAACUGAAACUUGCCGAAGCACCAGUGAAAAACCAUACAACUUAUUUUUCUAAAAGUCGGAUAUACUCUAUCAAAGCGCAAGUUGUAUGUGACCAUCAACUGAAGAUUCGACAUGUUGUAGUCGGACAUUAUGGAAGUGUUCACGAUGCUCGCAUGUUUCGUACUAGUACCCUCUGUACUGAAGAAGAUAAUUUUUUUUCUUUUGACCAAUGGUUAGCAGGAGAUUCUGCUUAUCCCUUACUAAAAACCAUCAUUACCCCAUAUCGAUCAAACUCCCAACAGUUGGACUACGCCAGACGCAAGGCCUUUAACUUACGCCAUAGUAGAUUUCGCGUGAGGAUAGAACAUUGUUUUGGGCUCCUUAAGGAGCGUUUUGGAAGCCUGAAAGAGCUGCGAGUUCGCAUUCAAGAUGAGAAGAGUCAUAAUUUUUGUUCAACUUGGUUCCUUGUUUGCUGCAUAUUGCAUAACAUACUACGAACCCCAUCUCAUGAUGUAGAUUAUAUGUAUAACGUACUUGAAGAUGACGAGGAACUGGAUGAGCUUACUAUGAAUGAAAUUGGUCAAAAUAGUAGUCAAGCAGAAUCCAAACGCAGCUAUUUGUGUGCAUUAAUGCUAGGCGAUUAAUAAAAUACUAAAAAUUUAUCAUUUCUUAUGAACCUACCUUAAGAUUGGUUCGUUCCUAAAAGGAUGUAAAAUAUUUAUUAAACAAACAAUUUUUUAUUUAAUAAUAGAAAGUGUUUAU